AUGUCUGACCUCUCCAAUCCCAGCAUUCCCCUGCGGAGCACGCCGCAAUGGGGAUCGUAUCAGCGAGAGAACUUUUGGAAGGUGAACGAAAGCGAAGUGCCGCCUUUCAACACAGAUCUCGCAGACCCUGAGAAACUGGAAGAGAGGGCGAGGGAGAGAUUGGGGGAGGCUGGAUGGCACGUUCUCCGCCGCUCUUCUGUGAAGCUAUCUAUACCUUAA